AUGGGUUUACGGAAAAUCGACCCUGUCAAUCCAGCAACAGACACAGACAUGGCUCUGAGGGGACCCUGCCCUGUGCUCCUGCUGACCCUCGCCCUGCUGGCUGCCUCUGUGGCUCUGACCCUCGGACAGAGGUGGAACCCACUGAAUGACGUAUUCCGGAGAAAACAUGCGGACUUCCCCAAGACCGUCUCCACCAACAACAACGCCUAUUGCAACAAGAUGAUGUGGGACCGGGUGAUGUACUUGAAAUACAGCAACACCUUCAUCCAUGCGGAGGAAAAGGAUAUCAGAAAAGUCUGCACAACGGCUGGGUUAUCCGCCGGGCCCUACCAGUACGAGAGCAAGAAUCCCUUCAGCAUCACCAUCUGCACAUUGAACCCCUGGAGCUUCUCUUACACCGGGACCAGCGUAUCACAAAAAAUCGUCAUCGCCUGCUUGAAUCGUCUCCCUGCUUUUUAUGUGACGAGCAUAUAG